UCGAGUACAUGAUCCUGGCUACCAUAACCGCCAACUGUGUGGUGCUGGCUCUGGAGCAGCACCUGCCCGGAGAAGACAAGACCCCCAUGGCAAAGAGACUGGAGAAAACCGAGCCGUACUUCAUUGGGAUCUUCUGCUUCGAGGCGGGCAUCAAGCUGGUAGCACUGGGCUUUGUUUUCCACAAAGGUUCUUACCUGAGGAACGGUUGGAAUGUUAUGGACUUCAUCGUGGUGCUCAGUGGGAUCUUGGCAACGGCGGGAGCGCACAUGAACAUCCCCGUGGACCUUCGCACUCUGAGGGCCGUGCGAGUCUUGAGACCCCUCAAGCUCGUCUCCGGCAUCCCCAGUCUGCAGAUUGUGCUCAAGUCCAUCAUGAAGGCCAUGAUCCCUCUGCUGCAGAUCGGCCUGCUCCUCUUCUUCGCCAUCCUCAUGUUUGCCAUCAUCGGCCUGGAGUUCUACAGCGGGAAGCUUCACCACACCUGCCUGCCAACUGUCGACAUUCUCGACAACGAAACAGUGGACUCGUCCGAAUUGGCUUUUGCGUGCGGCGUGAGGAAGUGCCCGGAGAGAUACGACUGUAACGACACGUGGAUCGGCCCCAACGACGGCAUCACGCAGUUUGACAACAUCCUGUUUGCCGUCCUCACCGUCUUCCAGUGCAUCACCAUGGAGGGAUGGACGGCUGUUCUCUACAAUACGAAUGAUGCCUUGGGCACAACAUGGAACUGGAUGUACUUCAUCCCACUCAUCAUCAUUGGCUCCUUCUUUGUCCUCAACCUCGUGCUGGGAGUACUUUCCGGAGAGUUUGCCAAGGAGAGGGAGCGGGUGGAGAACAGGCGGGCUUUCAUGAAGCUUCGGCGGCAGCAGCAGGUGGAACGGGAACUCAACGGCUACCGCGCCUGGAUAGACAGGGCAGAGGAGGUUAUGCUGGCAGAGGAGAACAAGAAUUCGGGGAGGUCGGCAUUAGAUGUGCUGAAGAGGGCAAGUAAGAAGACGGGCGCACGUCGAGGAGCCCCAGGAGAUGACAAGUACACGGACAUGUCCACUGCCAGCAUGUCUCGCUCCAGGAUGAACUUCCGCAGCGGCCGGCGCGGUCCGGCCGCUUACCUGCGUCGCAAAGAGCGCAUGCUGCGCAUCUCCAUCCGUCGCAUGGUGAAGACGGACACGUUCUACCUGAUGGUGCUUAGCCUGGUGGCUCUCAACACCAUCUGCGUGGCCAUCGUGCACCACAACCAACCCGACUGGCUCACCAUCUUCCUCUACUAUGCAGAGUUUGUGUUCCUUGGGCUGUUCCUCGCUGAGAUGUUCUUGAAGAUGUACGGUUUGGGUUUCCGUCUCUACUUCCAUUCGUCUUUCAACUGCUUCGACUGCGGCGUAAUUGUCGGUAGCAUAGUCGAGGUAGUUUACGGCUUCUUCCGGCCCGGUAUGUCGUUUGGCAUCAGCGUGCUGAGAGCGCUGAGACUUCUGAGGAUUUUCAAGAUCACCAAAUACUGGGCCUCUCUCAGGAACCUGGUUGUGUCGCUCAUGAGCUCCAUGAAGUCCAUCAUCAGUCUGCUUUUCCUGCUCUUCCUCUUUGUUGUGGUCUUUGCCCUGCUGGGGAUGCAACUUUUCGGAGGACGGUUCAUCUUUGAAGAUUACACUCCCACCAACUUUGACACGUUUCCAGCUGCGAUCAUGACAGUGUUUCAGAUAUUGACGGGCGAAGACUGGAAUGAAGUGAUGUAUAACGGGAUUCGCUCGCAAGGAGGCGUGCAGUACGGCAUGUGGUCGUCCAUCUACUUUAUAGUGCUCACCCUUUUUGGAAACUACACACUCCUCAAUGUCUUUUUGGCCAUCGCUGUGGAUAAUCUGGCCAAUGCGCAGGAACUGACAAAGGAUGAAGAGGAGGAGGAAGAGUUCUUCAACCAACGGUAUGCCAGAGGCAGGGAUGGCUUAAUAUCGGAUGGCAGAAGAAGACCCUACCUCUACAGGAAACGCGCCAUCCACCGAGGUCGACCUACCUUCCCCGACGAUGCAGACGGCUCGAUGGGAGCCUCGGAUGAGCCGCCCCUGAGCAGCUCCAACGCCUUCGCCAACCGCCGCGAGAGGCGGGGAAAAGUCAACAUGUCCGUCUGGGAGCAGAGGGCCAAUCAGUUGCGCAAGCGCCGCCAACUGGCUAGCAAGGAGGAGCUCUUCAGCAGCCCUGCAGAGGAGACGGUCGAAACGCCUUCGACCCAUCAUGUACCCGCGCUGUCCGCGGAAGCCAGCCCGGCACACCUCCCCGGGUCCCCCGUGUCCGUGGGGAUGCCUUUACCCGAACCGCCCAUGUCCAUAACCAUCCCCAUACCCGAGCCCCCUGCGGCUGAGCCUUUGGUCAACCUCUCUGAGGAGAAAACAGGUGGCGCGAACCACCGAACGACAGGCGGGGGUCGGCACAGGAUGGCUCGCAAGUUCAGACCGGGGCCGGAGGAAGGAGCCAGACACCGACGCCACCGUCACCGAGAGGCUCGCCCCGAGGCCAAGAGCUUGGACUGCACGCAAACGCCACACGAUGCGCUGCUGGUCAAGCGCUCACUCAGUCAAGAGAGGAGGAUCCUGGAUGAGCGGGAGGAGAAUGAAGAGAAAGCUAAGGCAGAAGGCCAGGCCCAGGAAGACUCUGGAACGUGUAUCGUCAACCCGUAUGCAAACGUUGGAGAAGAUGGAAGGAUGUCUGACAUCCCCGAACCUCCUCAGUGCAAGCGGCUUGUGGAUUGUCCAACCAUCCCGGGGGAGAUGGCUCUGGAGGCCACGGAGUACUCGGCGUGUACCCUUGAAAGCGAGAAACGAGCAGGCUCCAUCCACCGCGACAAAUCCAAUCCGGAAGGAUCCGUGGCCAUUGAAAUGUCCGCGCAACCGCUGCUGGAAUUGACUCCCAUGACAGUGAACAGUAAAGAGCUGGAAGCCUACCAUUCUGACAGAGAUGAAGAAACCGAGGAUGAGGAACCUCCUAUUACUCCCAAAGCUGUUGCUCCGGGCAGCAUGUUCCUCUUCAAGGCUUCAAACCCGAUCAGAAGGAUCUGCCAUUACAUUGUUAAUAUCCGCUACUUUGAGAUGAGCAUCCUUCUGGUGAUCGUGGCCAGCAGCAUUGCACUGGCCGCCGAGGAUCCCGUCUGCGCUAGUUCGGAAAGGAACAAGGUGCUACGAUAUUUUGAUUAUGUCUUCACCGGGGUGUUCACCUUUGAAAUGGUCAUCAAGAUGAUCAACCAGGGCCUCAUCUUGCACGACGGCUCCUAUUUCCGAGACAUGUGGAACAUCUUGGAUUUCAUCGUGGUGGUGGGAGCGCUCAUUGCCUUCGCUCUGACAAACAACAAAGGUCGAGACAUCAAGACCAUCAAGUCCCUCCGCGUUCUGAGAGUCCUGCGGCCACUCAAGACCAUCAAGAGGCUUCCUAAACUCAAAGCCGUGUUUGACUGUGUGGUGACAUCCCUGAAAAACGUCUUCAAUAUCCUCAUUGUGUACCAGCUCUUCAUGUUCAUCUUUGCCGUCAUCGCCGUGCAGCUUUUCAAGGGCAAGUUCUUCUACUGCACCGACAGCUCCAUGAACACGGAAAAAGAGUGCCAAGGCUAUUACAUCGACUACACCAGGGACAAGAAGGAGGUGAAGAGGAGAGAGUGGAAGAGACACGAGUUCCAUUACGACAACGUCUGCUGGGCCCUCCUCACUCUCUUCACCGUCUCCACCGGCGAGGGAUGGCCUCAGGUGCUGCAGCACUCCACCGACGUGACCGAGGAGAGCAUGGGGCCGAGUCGAGGGAACCGCAUGGAGAUGUCCGUUUUCUAUGUGGUGUACUUUGUGGUUUUUCCCUUCUUCUUCGUCAAUAUCUUCGUGGCUCUGAUCAUCAUCACUUUCCAAGAGCAGGGCGACAAGAUGAUUCAGGAGUGUAGCCUGGAGAAGAAUGAGAGGGCGUGCAUUGAUUUUACCAUCAGUGCCAAGCCCAUGACACGCUACAUGCCCCAGAACAGGCAAACCUUCCAGUACAAGUUGUGGCACUUUGUGGCGUCGCCUUCUUUCGAAUACACCGUGCUGGUGAUGAUCGCCCUCAACACGGUAGUCCUCAUGAUGAAGUAUCACUCAGCCCCCACGGCAUAUGACACAGUUCUGAAGCACUUCAACACAGCGUUCACUGUCCUCUUCUCCCUGGAGUGCAUCCUCAAGAUCAUGGCGUUUGGUCUUGUGAAUUAUUUCCGAGAUACCUGGAAUAUUUUUGACUUCAUCACAGUGCUCGGCAGCAUCACUGAAAUCGUUGUGGAUCUACAGGUGAAAGCAAAACACUCCAGCUGUAAGUAUUGUGGUCAAGGCAGACUUUAUAAUAACGGCGGCUAUGUGCUUUUUUUUUUUUCUUCGGUCCAGUCCAUGAAUAGCAUCAACAUGAGCUUCCUGAAGCUCUUCCGAACAGCCCGCUUGAUCAAGUUGCUGAGGCAGGGUUACACCAUCCGUAUUCUACUCUGGACCUUUGUACAGUCUUUCAAGGCACUUCCUUACGUGUGCCUGCUCAUCGCCAUGCUUUUUUUCAUAUACGCCAUCAUCGGAAUGCAGGUUUUUGGAAAUAUCAAGUUGAAUGACGAGAGCCACAUCAAUCAGCACAACAACUUUAAGACUUUUUUCGGCGCGCUCAUGCUGCUUUUCAGGAGUGCAACGGGGGAGUCUUGGCAGGAGAUCAUGCUUUCGUGUCUGUCGGGCCAGGAGUGCGAGCCCGACCCCUCCAUCGCCCCCUUCACCUUGUCGCCGGACCACGAGGGAGGCUGCGGCACAGACUUUGCUUACUGUUACUUUGUCUCCUUCAUCUUCUUCAGCUCCUUUCUGAUGUUAAAUCUCUUUGUGGCUGUCAUUAUGGAUAACUUUGAAUACUUGACGCGAGACUCCUCCAUCCUCGGACCGCAUCACCUGGACGAGUUUGUCCGAAUCUGGGGAGAAUACGAUCGUCUGGCAUGUGGACGCAUCCACUACACGGCCAUGUAUGAGAUGUUAACACACAUGUCUCCUCCACUGGGCCUAGGCAAAAAAUGUCCCGCCAAGAUUGCCUAUAAGAGGCUGGUGCUGAUGAACAUGCCGGUGGACGAGGACAUGUCGGUGCACUUCACCUCAACGCUCAUGUCUCUCAUACGCACGGCGCUGGACAUCAAAAUAGCUCGAGGUGGUGAGGACCGCAUCGCUUUGGAUGCUGAACUUCAAAAAGAGAUCAGCAUCAUCUGGCCUUACCUGCCGCAGAAGAACCUGGACCUCCUGGUGCCCAUCAACAAAGACACGGACAUGACGGUGGGGAAGAUUUACGCCUCCAUGAUGAUCAUGGACUACUUCAAACAGAACAAGGCCAAGAAGCUGCGGCAACAGCUUGAAGCUCAGAAGAGCAACCUGAUCUUCAAGCGUCUGGACGCGUCCACCCUUCCCGAGGACAUUCUUUCCAACACGCAACCUCUGCCCAUGAUGGCACACAGCGCUGGCUCCGCCUUGACUCGUGGGGGAUUUGUGGCUUUGAGUCCUAUUUCGCCACAGGAGCUAUUUUUGCAGUCCAUGAACUCAGACACUGAUGCUGGCCAGCAACAGAACCCGACCGAGGCUGCCGGCGGAUCAUUGAAGCGUUCGGCCUCCACCGUGUCGGACCAACAAGUCAACGGUCUUUGGCAGGAAGAGAAAAGUCCCGAGCGCUUUUAUCGACCUCGUCACAAGAGCUACAAGGCUGCAGUGUCUCGGUCCGAGCGGGGUCGAUCCAAAGAGCGUUGCCAUCUUCUCUCUCCUAACGCGUCCCGCUGCAACUCUGAGGAACGCAGCCUGCAGCCGUCGCGCUCCUCCAGCGUGGAGAGGACACGCCCCCGGGACAAACAAGGUAACAGCUCGGACAGUCCCGUGCCGUCCACGUCAGAGUCCAGCACCCCCAGUGUCCGACGGCCUUCAUCACAGACCCCAACGCGCUCUCGUCCUCACAUCACCUACUCGCCGCUCGUGUGUCGCGCCGACCCCUCCGUCGGGACGGAGGCGACCCGGGGGGAGCAGGAGACAGUCGGCGGCGAGCGAGGAGGGGACGAGGCGGGUCGUCACCCGUCACCGCUGCGCCGCUACCCCUCCGAGCCCUUCCUGGCUUCCCAGGAGGAGGACCACAGCCCCGAUCCCACCGGGCCCAUGGAGACGUUGACCUUCGAGGCAGCUGUGGCCUGCAGUCUGGGACGCUCAAACACCGUCAGCUCGGCCCGCCCGCGCUUGCGGACCGGCUGGCAGAUCCCCAACGGACACUUUCGCAAGCGUCUUGCGCAGACGGCCUCAGUGGCGGGCUGCGAUGCGCUCAGCGACACGGAGGAGGACGACCGCUGCUAGGGACGGACAAAGACGCGGCGGCGACUCUUUGCUGCAUUCUACGCCGUCAUAGUUGUAAAAGUCAAGCUGACACUUCCUGAAACUUUGCUUGCCAAUUCACACCCAACACUUAGCAUUCAAAUGAAAAACAAAGGUCUACUUCCUGCCUUUUACUUGAUGAUAGAAGAACCGUACUUCAUUGGAAGCUUAUGGCAGACUUUUGCACAGUACUAUUCAAUGAAUGAAUCAUAUGAUGCCAUUAGAUGAUUAAGUGUUGCUCUUUGCAGUAUUUAGGGUUAGUGUGAAUAUGUAACUACAUUUUCCUAUCAAUGAUUUUUCUCUAUAAAUACAAUGAUUUGUGACAUCACAGCAUCCAUGCAGGGGAGCUGACACCACUUUUCCACAUAAUGACCAACAUUUUUUUUACUAUAUGAACGGACCCGCAUGAGAGGGGUGUUUUUUUUUCUUUUCUUUUCCCUUUAAUUUGCGAGAUAAGAAUGCACUUGUAGAAUACUAGUAGAAAAAUGUUUGUUAUUUCAGCCAGCUAAACGAACCUUUAAAAUAUUCUGUUUGUCGUUUUGUCCUUUUGCAAACGGAGCCAUGUAAAUGUAUUAGGAACACAUCGACACGCCAUAUUUAAAUCCCAUCUUUAACCUACUCUACUACUUACCAAUAAUGUACAGACUAUUCGUAACAUUUUAGAGUUUUAAUGGUCCCUAAAGAUUUGUAUUCGUUUUAAUUGCCCAACAAAGCCAAAAAUCUGUGACAAUCACGACCCCCCCCCCCAAAAAAUUGAUUCAUUUCACGAGUUAAUGCAAAGAAAAGACGACGCAAAUAAUUGUUGUUUUUUUACGUGUAUGAUAACUGUAUAUACGAAUAAAUGUGUUCUGAAGUUCA